AUGCUCCGCCCAACGCUAGGUGCCAUGGCGGCAGCCGCCCUCCAAAGUCGAACCAAAAGCGGACGUUCGGUGGAUUCCUUUUCCGCCACAAGGGUCGUCGUGCCACGCAAUCUGCAAUCCAAUCCACCCAUCGCUGCCGUUCCUAUCACUACGCAGCCUCCCGAUUUUCCCAUUGACAUUCGACCAAUCUUGAACUUUUUCGGAGGCCCCAACUCUGACAAUUGGUGCCGCUUGUCCGACUAUGCUGGUGAUUACUCUGUCGUUUGCUGUGGCGGCUGUCACACAUUGCAAAACACGGGCUUUCGAAUUUUAAAUGUGGACAGGCGCGCUAUUGCAACAACGACGACAGCGACGAGUCCUCCGUCAGAGUGUUUGGGACGGUUCAGAGGGGCGCCAAUCUUGGGCAGUUUUGCUACUAGUACGAAACGGUCCAACCGGGAGGCCGUACCUACGAACAGUGUAACCAGGACAUCCACGAUUUCAUUGCCGCCAAUUAAUCCAGAGUCCACCUUUAUCUAUCGAAGAAACUGGGUGACUCGACGGGUCCUCUACGCACCAUCUCCCCUGUCGGCGGGGUCGCAAGACGUGGACUAUGAUCUCCUGUAA